AUGCCAGUUGCCAAAGUUUGUCCGUACGACGAUGGCACGGUCGAAAAACCCAUCAAUCGGGAGCCGUAUAUGAUCGAUCUUGUUUCAAGCUUCAUCACCAAAUCCGACAACUAUGACCGGAACCACGGUCCGAUUCAACACAAGGUCGGGACGGACCAUCGAGUCACAGUUGACGGGGAGGGCUUCGUCUGCAGGACCCUCAGUCUCACCGUCGACCAGCUCAUGAACGACUUCCCGCAAGCCAGGGUGACCUGCACGUUGCAGUGCGCCGGUAACCGCAGACACACCAUGCGCACUCGCAUCAGGGAGGUCUUGGGGGUCGACUGGGAGGAUGCUGCUCUGAUGACCUGCGUGUGGGAGGGGCCUCGGGUUCGUGACAUUCUGCUCGCCGCCGGAGUUCAGGACCACUGCGCCAUGGGUGACAAUGUACCACCAAAACAUGUCCACUUUGCCAAUUACGGGGGCAAGACUCAGGCCGACGAGUGGUAUGGGGGUAGCAUCCCCUUCGACCGGGCUAUGGACCCAGCCAUGGAUGUGAUCCUGGCGGUCAAGAUGAAUGGCUUGCCUUUGCCUGCCAGACACGGCUUCCCCGUCCGCUCCAUCGUCCCGGGAGUGCUGGGGGCUCGUUCUGUGAAAUGGCUAGACCGCAUCACCGUCUCCGACAGGGAAUCACCAUGUUUCUAUCAGCAGCAUGACUACAAGAUUUUGCCGCCCGAGGCGGUUUGUGUUGAAACCGCUGAGAAAUACUGGGACCAGUGUCCCUCCAUGCUGGACAUGCCGAUUAACUCUUGUGUUGCCUACCCAACCUCGGGCUCCACGAUUGUUCUUCCUUCUUCUGGGAAGAUCGAGGUGUUUGGGUAUGCUGUUCCACAAGGCGCUCAAGGUCCGGUGGUCAGGGUUCAGGUGUCUGGUGAUGAAGGCAGAACUUGGACCGACGCGCAUCUCGAGGAUGGUGGCAAGGAUGCCAGCCGUUGGACCUGGUCUCUGUGGAGAGCCGAGAUCAAGAUGGAGAAAGGUAAAGGCAAAAGGAUCUUCGCAAAAGCCACCGACGCCGGGGGUAACACGCAAACCUGUGAACGAUCAGCUUGGAAUCUGAGAGGCGUGGCCUACAAUGGCUAUGAAGCUGCAUUCGAUUUGAACGUUCUCUAG